GUCCCUAUUUUCGGCUGGGACAGUAGCGCGGCAAGCAGUGAAAGUAAGAAUAACUCCGUGAACUGGGAUAAAUCUAAUCAAGGGGACUGAUGAACAAAUAAAACCCCAUAUGAAGGGCAGCAGAAUGAAUGUGGAGACCCUCGAUAAAGCUGAACUUCUGAUGCUGCUCAGCAUCCUGGAAGGAGAACUGGAGGCACAGGAUGUUGUCAUACACACACUCAGGGCACAACAAAAAGAAGCAUUUGUCCAGGAGCGAUAUGGACUGUAUGACCUCCGAGACCCCUUUGUGGCACUGCUGAGGGACAGCGAGCUUUCACAGGCUGAGGGAGAUGGAGAACAGGAUCCCGUGCAUAUGAACCCAUUGGGCGUGUUGAGACUGGUUAUGGCCCACUGCACCAACAUGAAGGAGAAAAUGGCAAAACAGCUCGCUGCCGCAGAGAAAAGACACAGGCGGGUAAUCGCUGAUUUAGAGGAAGAGAAAAGAUGGCGGGUGCAAGAUGCAGCUGCGGGCGAUGACAUCACAGCCAUGCUGGAGAAGGAACAGGAAAGACUACUCCAGCAGCUGGAGUUGGAAAGAGCACAAGUCGAACGCUUACAAAGCGAGCGGUCAGUUCUGUCAAACCAGGCCGAGGAAGAUUUAGCACAGCAGCAGCAGUUAACCUCAACACUGGCUAAAGAAUGUCAGAACGCCACGGCACGGGCAGAAGAAGAGAGCCAGCGUGUCAUCGAGCUCACUCGCCAGCUGGAACAGGAGCGCAUUACUAUAGAAAGCCUGAAGGAGGAGCUGGAGAGCGAACACAGUCACGCUCAGCAGAUAGAGGCCAGAGCUGAGAGACAGCUGGCUGAGUUUGAUACUGAACGUGAGCAGAUGAUAGGGAAACUACGCAAGGAAGAAAAAAAAUAUCAAGAGCUUCAAGAGCAGCUUAAUAGUUUAAAGAAAGAGUUGGAUGAAAUGAAUCAAAGAGAAAAGGCAGAGAAAGAUAAUGUUCAGGAAGAAAAGGUCACAGUUACACAGGAAACUUCUCCACACACUGAAGUCGAUGGCAAAAAUGCUGAAUCAAAAUCAUCUCCACUCCCCAAAUUGAACGGUCAUCACACGCCCAAAGAGGCGGAGUCUCCCGCAGAGGAGAGGAAUAAGGAAGGAGGAUUGGUGGACAACGGAGCGAUGCUUCCUGGAGGAGGCGGAGCCUCACAGUGCCUCUCUCCCAGCAGCCCCUCCUCAUCCUCCCUUAGCUCAUCUCCCUGCUCGUCCCCCGUGCUGACCAAGCGUUUGGCCUCACUGGGUUGCUCCAGCCCCACCUACCCCUCCUCCUACCAGGCCAGCAUCAACCAACGAUUCCAGGCGGCACGUCACAAGUUUCAGGCCCAAGCUGAGCAUCACGGAACCGUCGUCCACUCUCCUCGUGACCUCUCGCCUACUGCCGCCCCUCCGACACCUCCAGACAAUUCUUCUGCCAAGCAGAUCGCCCGCAACACUGUCACUCAAGUGCUGUCCCGAUUUACGAGCCAGCAAGCGGCAGGAAAACUCCCCACAUCCAACAGCUCGCCUUUUGGCACGGAUUACCGCAAUCUGAGCACCGCCUCCUCGCCAACAGGGAAAAGCCCAGGUGUUCUUUCACCUGGUAUCCGCUCACCGGUCAUUCCCAGGGCAGAAAAGAUUCAUCCACCUCCUGUACCUCUUAAAAAGCAGGGGGUAAAUCAAUCUCCUAACUCCCCUGUGCUCACCGGCAGGGCCAGCCACUUCCCUGAGCUCUCUGGAGGCUGCGGUCUCACCAGCGGUCAGGAAGAUACAAAAGAGCUCGACCUGGUUAUGUCUUCAUCCAGUUAACCGGCCUCGAGUCCACAGUCAGUCUUUACCCUGCUCCUACUUUAUUCCUUCUACUAUCUAUAGCACUCUUUGAGAAGCUUAAAAAGUGAAAAACUUUCAUAAUUUAUUCACACUCGUGUCAUUGCAAACCUGAAUGACUUUCUUCUGUAGAACACAAAAGAUGUUUUGAACUAACCAAACAACGUUGGCUUCCAUUCUGUGGACACAAAACCAGGCAUUUCUCAAAAUAUAUAAUAUUUUGCGUUCCACAAAAAGUCGUACCGGUUUUGAAUGACAUGAUCAGUAUUUAGUGUAGUUGUGUUUUCAUUCUAUACUCUAUCUGAGCCUAUAAAACCUGCCCAACCGUAAUAAAGGUAACUAGUGCUGACCUGGUGCUGACACAACCUGACCAAACCCUGUCAAAUACUACUCAAAAAAGAUUGAAUUUAUUAAAAUAUUCUUUCAUUUUUUUACAUUUUAAGUAUUAUAUUAUUCUGAUUUUAUUUUAUAAAGAGUUUUAUUUAUCCUAAAAUGUUAUUUUUUGUUAGUCCAUUCCUGAUGUUAAAUGAUAGUCACUGAAAAAAACUAUAUAAAGUAAAAAUAUGUAUGAAAUGGAAAACACAGAUGAUGUUAAAGCUAUUAUUCCAUCAGGCUUGAGCUACUAAUAAGAUCAUUCUCAAUCUGUCCUGAUGGUGUGGUUUAUAUUUAAUCUAUGGACUAUAUAAUAAGUCCAUUAAGUCUUUAAACGAAAUGUUGGAGAGACACUGUUGUAAUGGGCUGUUAUUGAAAACCUCCGUCUGCUACUGUAUUGUACCGUGAGUACACUGUCCUCUAGUGUCGAUCUGAAGAAUUGCUGCUCAGGAAGAUGUCACAGCAUUACACAUCAGAUGAACCAGAAUACCUUCUCUGUAAAUGAAGAUAAUAUAUGUAUCUUAUGUCAUAUAGAUUCUCCGAUAUGGUUUGUAAACAUUAUUUAGAAUCAAUUGAGAAUUUUGGAAAUUUGAGGGUGAAAACACUGCUUUUCUGGGUUUAUACGAAUCCAGCACUGAUUCUGUUAAAAUGUUAUGUCUGUACUGGACUGCCUUAUAUAUGAAAUUUAACCCUAUUAGGUAGAACCUAUAGCACAAGAUACAUGAAGCAUUACCAUGGUAUAAGCACAAUUGAGUGAGGUCAUCAUUUAAUGAUUACCAGCAUCCUUUUUUCACUAGUUGUAUACAAAUAGACAUUUAGUAAAAAUCUUGCUGUCAGCAUGCAGUCAUAAACUGCUUUUGAGAGAACAACUUUGGGUGUUAAUCAGAAAUAAUGGUGCAUGUGUCUGCCCUUUCCUACAUAUAUUUAAACUGUUCCACUGUCAUUUCAUUUAGUUUUUGCAACCUUUUAAGUAGCAGUUAAGAUUUCUACUACUGUAUCCUGCUUAUUGUGUCGAUAAAACUGAACCAAUAUUAGAUUUUUACAUUUGUACCUGGGACUUAUGAAGACCAGUCUCCUUUUAAAACAGUUUUGGCUAGUUGUACAAAAUGGUAAAUUGUUUACUUUAAUUUCUUAGUGAUACCGGACGUAUUUGUCCUUGACAAAAGGGUUUUGAAGUUUAGCUGUAUUUUUCUGUCCAAUGUGACAUUGAUGAUUUUGCAUUUUAUGAAUACAUUCCUUACUCUGAACACAUCACUACAAACGUUAGAGGAAGAUUUAUACAAAUAGAUGCAUCUUAAGUCCUGCUGUAUGAUGUGACUUCUCAACAUUUGAUUUCUGAAAUAUAUCUUCACAAGAGAAAACUGUCAGUCUGUUUACACAAUAAAGGCUCAACAGUAAAAGUCA